GAUUUUGAAUUAUAAAAAGCAUAGGAUUGUCUUCGAUAACCUGCUUUGAGCCAAAUGCUUGUAACGUUAUUAGUAAAGAUAAAUAAAACGGCUACGAUUGAAUCGUUGGUUAAUCUCAAACGAAGUGCAAAUGUUUAUAUUGACGGUGGUAAAUUAUGAAAAGGAGCAGAAAUGAAGAGGAAACAUGGCAGAGACCGAACAAGCUCCCUCGGUCCGAGGUUGAAAAAAUAAUAUCAGAUAAGGUUGGGACUGCAGUGGAGCAAUCUGACCUCAAGAUGAAGAAUUUGAUGGAAAGAAUCGGUGAGGUGAAUAGUGAACCCCAAUAUGAUGCCAGAAUCAAGAAACUGGAAGCCCAUGUAAGGAAGAUAAAGCGAAGAGGAGAUGCUGUAUUUGCAUAUAUCAGAAAAUUCAGAUCCUUAGAGAUUUCUCACAGUCAGUCUCCCCCUUCUUUAAGUCCUCCGCCUGACCAGCCACAGCGAUGCAUCUCUCCAGCCGAACCAAUAAUCUAUAUGUCCAGCAGAAGUUCAGUCAACGGAGGCAGUUUCAUUGACAACGCUUCAGUGUCAUCAGCAGUCAAUGACUGUGUGAUGUCUACAUUGAGAAGACCAAAGGAAGGGUUCUGGCAGAGUUUGCGGUCUAAGAAACAGGUUGUUGACCUUACGGAGGAAGACAGAGCAGCCAGACUGAAUGAAGAGAGUCUGCUUACCCAGCCACCAGAUCAGAAAUUGGUACCUUCAAAACCAGAACCAUCAAAACCCUCAAGUACACCACCCAAAGCCAUUAAAGAAGAAAAUCAGAGCGUUAUGGAGGAGAACCGUGUCAUUUCUCCAGUACAGUCGGAAAAGGAGGACUGGCACUCCAAACUCCAUCCUUUUCCGCACACUCCGUUCCCCAAGGAGCUUCCGGUUGUAGCUGCCUCUCAUAACUUGCCCCAGAAGCCAAUGGUGAAACUAGCUCGGAUUGGAAGUGCACAAGAAUUAGGCAUUGCGUGGAACGUUAAACAGGAAGAUCCCCACGCAGCUGAGAUGGAUUGCUACUACAUUUACGUUUCCCAUGAACACAAAAACUGCACUUUUUCAGAAUGGAAGUGCCUCGGAGUGAUCAAGGCCAUGCCUCUUCCUAUGGCCUGCAAGGUGUCUGACUGCAAAGGAGAUAAACGACUGUGUUUUACUGUUGUGGGGAAGGAUAUAUUUGGCCGUUAUGGGCCGUACAGUGACAUACAUACUGUUGCACCAGGACAAAUAUGAUUUUGGCAACAAUUCUCUAGUGUGUCAGAACUCUUGUUCAUAUAAGGAUUCAGGUAGGAUGAACGUGACUCUUUAUAUUGGAAUAUGGAAUAAUUCAUUUUUUAAGAUUUAAAUUUCUCAAAAGAUGUUGAGUUCAGUAAAAAAAUAAAGUUGAAGCUGCUGUUUUUCUC